CUCCGCGCCGCCGGCUUAAUGAUUGCCCGGAGGCGGCUAUAAAGGGCCUGGUGCGGGAGGGGGAGGCCAGCUCAGCAGAUCGGCCGGCAGCUGCCGGAGGGAGCGCGGCAGAGAGGCCGGUCAGCGCCUGUCCGCCUCAGGCCGGGCUCCGCCAUGGCCGCCCGGGGCUACGGCUACUACCGCGCCGUCAUCUUCGCAGCCAUGUACGGGGGCUACAGCCUCUACUACUUCAACCGCAAGACCUUCUCCUUCGUCAUGCCCUCGCUGGUGGAGGAGGUCCCUCUGGACAAGGACGACCUGGGGCUCAUCACCAGCAGCCAGUCGGCAGCCUACGCCAUCAGCAAGUUUGUGAGCGGAGUGCUGUCUGACCAGAUGAGCGCUCGCUGGCUCUUCUCGUCGGGGCUGCUCCUGGUCGGCCUGGUCAACGUGGCCUUUUCCUGGAGCUCCACCGUGUCCGCCUUCGCCGCCCUCUGGUUCCUCAACGGCCUGGCGCAGGGCCUGGGCUGGCCCCCGUGCGGGAAGGUCCUCAGGAAGUGGUUUGAGCCGUCUCAGUUUGGCACUUGGUGGGCCAUCCUGUCCACCAGCAUGAACCUGGCUGGAGGGCUGGGCCCCAUCCUGGCAACCGUCCUGGCCCAGAGCUACAGCUGGCGCAGCACGCUGGCCCUGUCGGGGGCGCUGUGUGUGGCCGUCUCCUUCCUGUGUCUCCUGCUCAUCCGCAACGAGCCGGCCGAUGUCGGACUCCGCAACCUGGACCCCACCCCCUCCAAGGGCAAGAAGGGCUCCGUGAAGGAGGAGAGUACCUUACAGGAGCUGCUGCUGUCCCCCUACCUGUGGGUGCUCUCCACGGGCUACCUGGUGGUGUUUGGAGUGAAGACCUGCUGUACGGACUGGGGCCAGUUCUUCCUCAUCCAGGAGAAAGGACAGUCAGCCCUUGUGGGGAGCUCCUACAUGAGUGCCCUGGAGGUCGGGGGCCUUGUAGGCAGCAUUGCCGCCGGCUACCUGUCUGACCAGGCCAUGGCGAAGGCUCGGCCGUCCACCCACGGGAACCCUCGCCAUGGCCUGCUGCUGCUGAUGAUGGCAGGCAUGACGGCGUCCAUGUACCUCUUCCGGGUCACCGUGACCAGGGACGCCCCCAAGGACGCUGCUUUCUGGACUCUGGCUCUUCACUCUCUCUCUGAGCUCACGGGCUUUACGGAGCAGGAGCUCUGGAUCCUGGUGUUGGGAGCUCUGUUUGGUUUCUCCUCUUACGGUCCCAUUGCCUUGUUUGGAGUCAUUGCCAAUGAGAGUGCCCCUCCCAACUUGUGUGGCACCUCCCAUGCCAUCGUGGGACUCAUGGCCAAUGUGGGUGGCUUUCUGGCCGGGCUGCCCUUCAGCACCAUCGCCAAGCACUACAGCUGGAGCACAGCCUUCUGGGUGGCGGAAGUGAUCUGCGCAGCCAGCACAGCUGCCUUCUUCGUCCUGCGGAACAUCCGCACCAAGAUGGGCCGCGUGCCCGCGAAGGCCGAGUGAGAGGCAGGUCCGAGCCCGCCCCGGCCCCGCCCCCGCUGGGAGGGGCGGGCUGCUCUGGCCGCACUGAGCCCCACCUCCUUCUGCUCCUCUUCCCGGCCAGGAUCAGUGGCUAACGAGGUUCCGCUCCCGUCCUGCGCUCUAUUGAAAAGAUACCCUCUGUUCUAGGAUUCCAUUAGCUUCUAUUUUCUGCCGUCAAACAGGAAGCCCUUACAGCCAGGAACCCUCCAUUCCUCUCUCCUGGGCCCUGCCCGGCCCCACGGGGCCCUGCCUUCUGCCCUGAGGCCUCUCAGCAGAGGUAACUGCUACUGCCAGCUCCUCAGGGGCCAGGGGCGACCAUCACUCUCACCAUUAUCCUGGGUACCCCUCCCGUCCGGUAUGGGUGGGAGGGGAGAAAGACUUUAUAGGUUUAGCCAAUGACCCAGGUCCAAAAGAUUAAAGCUAGAUUUGAUACUAAA